UUGAUGGAGAACAUCUCAGAGGUGACUGAAUUCAUUCUUGUGGGGUUAACAGAUUCCCUAGAGAUGCAGGUCCCUUUAUUUACAGUCUUCACUAUCAUUUACUUCAUCAUUCUGGUUGGGAACGUUGGGAUGAUCGUGUUGAUUCUGUUGGACUCUCGUCUCCACACACCCAUGUACAUCUUCCUCAGCAACCUCUCCCUCGUGGACUGCAUUUAUGCCUCAGCUGUCACUCCUAAGGUAAUGGUGGGGUUUCUCACAGGAGAUAAGAUUAUAUCCUACCAUGCGUGUGCUGCCCAGAUGUUCUUCUUUUCAGCCUUUGCCACUGUUGAAAGUUUCCUCUUGGCUUCAAUGGCCUUUGACCGCCACGCAGCAGUGUGCAAACCACUGCAUUAUGCCACCACCAUGACAAGGGCUAUGUGUACCUCACUGGCCACUGGCUCCUACAUCUCUGGACUCUUGCAGUCUUCCAUCCAUGUUGCCCUCACCUUCCACCUCUCCUUCUGUCAUUCCAACAUAAUUAAUCACUUUUUCUGUGACAUUCCCCCACUGCUGGCUCUCUCUUGCUCUGAUAUCUAUGUGAAUGAGAUUGUGCUCUUCACAUUGGCAGCAUUCAAUGUCUUUUUCACCCUCUUGGUUAUCUUGAACUCUUAUCUGUUCAUUUUUGUUGCUAUUCUGAGGAUAUGCUCAGCUGAGGGACAAAAGAAGGCUUUCUCCACCUGUGCAUCCCACCUGACCACUGUUUCCAUCUUCUAUGGGACAAUCAUCUUCAUGUAUUUACAGCCAAGUUCUAGUCAUUCCAUGGACACAGACAAAAUGGCAUCCGUGUUCUACACCAUGGUCAUCCCCAUGCUGAACCCUGUGGUCUACAGCCUAAGGAACAAAGAGGUCAAGAGUGCAUUUCAGAAGGUGGUUGGAAAAGCAAAGUCUCCACUGGGUUUUUCCUACUAA